GUUUCGUCUGUGAGCCAUGGGGGUUCUUCGUGCGGCCAAACGAAAAUCAUGUGGUGUUCCGGUGUCAUUUCUAGCAUAUGUUGAGUUGGAUAGUCAUAGUAGCUUUGCUGACCAAGGAAGCUAACCCAUUUGCCACAAUUUGGACAUGAGACACCUUUCAGAAUGUGUACAUCGGUGGCCGUGUCAAUCGUUGUGUAUAUCCGACGCGGUUGCUGAAAUUGAAAUUAUAUGAUGUGCCUCUCGCUCUCAUGGUCGUGUAUUAGAUGACAGAGUCGCCCUGUGCUUCGAUUUUUGCUUCUUGUCCACUUUUAUCAUGGUCUGUGAUCAUGAUAAUUCGUGAAACACGUGUUCCGCUUCUUGUUCGUUUGUCCCUGAGCCUCUGCGCGUAGUCGAGAAUCAAUGGAUGAAAAGGAAUAACAGCAGACCGCGCACGAGCUCGAGCCAGCAAGUACGUGCGAGAAAACCGGGUGCCAAAAGCAAAGCCGUGCCUAUGCCCUCGAUGGCGCCUUCUCGCAAUGUUAGCAAAGGAGGAACACAACCGAAGAAGUCGCCUGGUGCAAAGCAGGCGGCCUACAACGACGUCGAAGAUCCGGAGGAAGGUGGGAACGAAUUGACGUCCUUUGUGGACAGUGGAACCGCGAAGGCCCCACACACCAUUGGAAAAAACCACAGUAAGAUACAAAUCAACGAUGACGAGAACGACCCGGACAAUUCGAUCAAGCAGCCGACAGAUCAUGCGGAGAAGGGCGGCACGACAGAGGAGCCCGAACCUCCAAGCAAGUUGGCGAUCAUCGGCUGUAUGUUUCUUAACUUUUGGAGCGCGAUAUCCAAGAUAAAGAAAAAAGUUCUGACGACAUCAAUGCAAUUUUAUUCGCCCUCCCUCCCUGCACGACCUGCUAAUGUUGCUAUUGCAAGACGGAGUGCGGGCCGAGGCGGCGUCCGCGUCUUGAUCUAGUUGUACAUACAGAGUUAUGAAUAUGAUGCUCCUGCUGCUAGAUAGAUGUCUAGUGCGCACAAUCGUCACUUCGACGCUACACUCAACACGGAGGGACAAAUGAUCAUCACGAUAAGAAAAUACAAGAUUUAUUGAUGUCAGCUCGAUUCGUUUUCUUGCAUACGACGUCGGAAUUAUUUGGGUCAACAAGUGGGUCAUGAAUCAUGGCUGGACCUGGACGACGCUGCUCACAUUUAGGAAUUGUAGACUCCUCCUGGUGCACAAGGGCAAGGUUUGUUGACCGACAUGAAUAAGUCGUGUAAAGAAUACCGAUGAAUAAACUGAAAUACUACGGCCUGAACGUUUCUUUUGUAUGUUUGAAGUUGGAAUACAGACUUGCAUACUCGGAGCCUGUAGUUUCGUGGCGUGCGUUCAGUAAUUUUUUUUUCGUAAAUCGCUAAACAUUUUCCCAGCACGCACUUGCCUGGAGAAGGUUUUUCGUGAAUCUUGCGGAUGCACUUCGUCGCUUCGUACAUCGGUUUGGAGAUUUCAUGGAGGUAUAAUUAUAAUUUCAUCUUCACUUACUACAUUCACCUUGAAGUGCGACCUUCCCACCUGCUGCAAUGACAUACGUCCAGUUCGCCACUUCAAUAGCACGACAAAUAGCGUACAAGCACAGUUAACGCGCAAAAAUAGCAUGAUAUUUUUUGAAUCCAAAAAACAGGCGUCUCCAACUUUUCGAACCGAAAGACACGAACCUGCGGCAGGUGGUUCCGCUUUGCGCUUCCUUCAUCGCGUUUGUGGUGUUCAACAACCUGUCGCUCCAGUAUAAUACCGUCGGUAUCUACCAGCUGCUGAAGGUCCUCAUGACCCCAGUUAUUGUCGCCCUGCAGUUCUGCAUGCACGGGACGCUUCUCACCUUCUGGCAGUCGGUGUCCCUUAUCCCGAUCUGCUGCGGGGUGGCGAUGGCAACCAUCUCCAGUCUAGAGGUGAACGGGUUCCUCGGGCUUUUUUUCGGCGCCAUGGGGAUCUUUUCGACCUCCCUCUACCAGAUUUGGGUGAAGUCCAAGCAAGCAGAUUUGCAGCUGAACCCCUUUCAGCUACUGCAUCACCAGUCCUUUCUAUCCAUGCUCAUGCUCGCACCGCUGGCAUUCUACGUGGACCGAUCGUUCCUCUUCUGCCUCCAAGACUUCGCCUUAGCGGUGCAGCCCGACCCGGUGUGCCAUGUCAAAGUCAUCCAGCCUUUGAGUAAAAAUCUCGAUCUAUUCCUUUUGAUGUCAAUUUGAAUUUUUCUAGUAUGCUGGGUAUCAGUAUGUCUGUGUCAGUGAUCGUGUGCUGUUGAUAAAGUUUGAUAUGCCUGAUGAGAAUGCGCUCAAAUAAAGUACACGUCGCAGCAUGGUCCGUCGAAAAUUUGACUUCAAUUUGGAUAAUGCUCGCACGACGUUUCACUUUCAUUACUUUACAACAGGCGAUCCGUGGUUUGUGUCGGCUGUCGGUUGCAGCUGUUUCCUAGCCUACCUGGUAAACCUGUCAACGUUUCUCGUCAUUGGAAAGACCAGCCCCGUGAGUUAUUUAUGCGAGCAAAAACCUGCGUGGAUCUGGAUGUACAUGUACUUUGCUAGUAGUAAAUCACUCUUCAUCGGGAUGAAGAUAACAAAGGUCUUGCAGUGGUCAUGUCUUUUUGUAGGUUCUUGAUUUUGACUAGACUCUGCCGCUCCCCCCGCAAGUUUUUGCAGUGAUGGUGCCAGGUUCUGGGACACUCGAAGCUAUUUGUCGUGAUGCUUUCCGCAUUCCUCAUGUUCGGAGACUUGCCCUCAUUGCAGAACUUGCUCGGGUGCGGCAUGGCUUUGGCUGGAAUUUUCUGGUACACGUGGCUGAAGAUGUAGCAAGUCCAUUCGGAAAAUGAUGAUGGACACCGGUCUCACUCAAUUAGUGAGGGAGACGAAGAAAAGAAGAGCUGCAAACACGACGACACUCUGGCAUCAUGCAAAGCACCGCGGAAAACCGCAAAGGAGAACAACGGGGAGAAUCAGAAUGAACAACCAACGACGACGUCGCGGCGCUGCUCCGCAAAGUCAUGGCUCGAUGUUGAUGAAGCGAUGCCUUGAUGAACUUGCUAGAAGACUAUCCUCGAGGACAUUACUUGGCGAACAUUACGAAGAAAUUUUUGAAUGGUGUUGGCUGCCGCGGCAGACGCAGUCGCGCUGUAAGGGGUUGGUCUCGGGCGGUCUAUUUCACGACAGAAAUAGAUUCAUAUAUGUUCAUCGCCGCAGUACCAGUAGACGAGAACUUACCUAGAUCACGCUUGGUAGAAUACAUUGAAGUUCUUCAUCAGAAUCAGCACGAGCUUCUUCCUACCAAGAAUGGUUUGAAAAGCGCACCACCAUCAAAAUGCCGGAACUACGAAAGAU